UCGUCUCCUCUAGUCCUCCCUGCUCCAUCCUGGUGACCUCCGUGUCGGCGUCUCUUCCAACCACCACCGGACCACCGCUCCAGUCUCUUGUCUCCACCAGCCCCUCAAAGUGUGUUCUCCAUCGCAACAGUCUCCAGUACUCCCUGAGUUCAGCAGUUCCUACGACCUCCGUCUCCACCGCCACUGACCUCAGAAAAAGGGGAUUAUUAAGGAUUGAUAAUCGCUCAGUAAGAUAUGCCAAGAUCAAAAAGGUUCACGGAUAUGAGUCGGUCAAUGUCUCAUCAACAAUCUUCUUCACCAACACACGAGCAAUUGUUGAAUGAUGCACCACUUGAAGAACAAACCCAAGAUAAUGAAACACCUCAAGAGCAAGCUCAAGAUAGUGAGACACGACAAGACCAAAAUGAAUCUUCAUCUAAAAAGAAAACGAGGACUGCGUGGGAAGUUGAUGUGAUUAAUGAAGAAGGAUUUGUGAGGAAGAAAAAAUUGAAGGUUAAAGAAGUUUGGACACUCCCAUUGGGUGAAAAAAUCAUAGUCCCAUUUGACAACUUUGAUACACCAUCCACCGACGCAACUGGAUUAGAAAUUGAGCUCGGGCAUAAUGUUAAUCACUCAGAACUAUGGAUUGAUACCCACAAAGUAAAAAGAGGGUCAUCUGUUAAUGAAGAAUGUAGAAUUAUCACAGAAAAAAUCAGAAAUGAAAUGGAGAAAGGCUCAUCUUCUCAAUCACAAUGUAUUUCACAAGAUGACCCUCUUGGCAAAACUUUAGGAAAAGAGCACAACGGACGUGUUCGUGGGUUAGGUUUUGGACCAUGCCCAUCUAAGGUAUUUAACAAUACUUUAAGGAUGAAUGACAAAGAUUAUGUGUCCACUUUGGAGAAAGAGUUAGCUGCAACUAAAGCUCAAUUGCAAGUUCAAAGUGAUAAAUUGCAAGUUCAAAGUGAUAUGCAAAAGGCCAUGGGAGGGGCUCUUGUUGCUAUUUUGGAAAGAACUUUUUGGCAAAGUUCCUGAAGAAUUUGCUACCUUCCUUAACCAAACAUCUCAACCAGUACCCGAUGAUGGAAGCAAGCAACAAUCUUCACAAGGGAGUGGAAAG